AUGCUGAUUAAAAAUGUUGUCCUGCCAGGAUCUCGGUCCAGCCCAAGAUCAGACCUCAUCAUCAACGACGGGGUCCUGGAGCGAAUUGGAGAAUGCGGGCAGAUAGACGGUCAUCACGCAUCGAUCGUGAAUGGAUAUAGCGCUCUACUGGCCCCCUCGCUGUGCCAUCCUCAUGUCCACAUCGACAAGGCGUAUUUGCUAUCACAUCCUAAAUAUGCACAUCUUCAGAUCGAACAAGGAGACUUCAAGGAAGCCAUGAAGCUCACUGGAAAGGCCAAAGCCGAGUUUGAGCAUUUCGAUCUCAUCGAGAGAGGGCAGCGGGUCAUUGAAGAAAGCGUGUUGGCUGGAGUUACUCAUAUGCGAGGCUUCGUCGAACUUGAUGCUGGGGUCCAAACAAAGUGUCUCGACGCCGGCAUCGAGCUUCAGAAGCGGGCGAGAAAGGAGAACUCAUGUCACGUCCAGCUUUGCGCCUUUGCCCAGCUGCCGCUCUUUUCAGCUGCUCAAGAUGAUGAAGAUGGAGCCGUCAUUCGAGGACUGAUGGAGGCGGCUGCGGCGAAUCAGAAUGUCGAUGUGGUUGGCAGCACUCCUUACGUCGAAGAUGGUCGAGAUAAAAUGCAACGCAACGUCGAGUGGAUGAUCGAUCUUAGCAUCGAGCACAAUCUUCAUCUUGACUUUCAUCUUGAUUACAACCUAGACCGAAGCGCAGAACCACUUAUUUGGCAUGUCGUUCAGUGCCUCAAAAACAAGCAAUGGCAGCAGCAGACAAGAGAUCGUACUAUCGUACUUGGGCAUUGCACCCGUGUGUCGCUCUUCAAUGAUGACGAAUUGCAGCGUCUGGCAACAAUGAUCACAGAAUCUGGACUGCCGAUCCACUUUGUUGGGCUACCGACCAGCGAUCUAUUUAUGAUGCGGGCUGGUCAACAACCCGAGAUACGCGGUACACUGCAUGUUCCUGAUCUGAUCAAGAAGUAUGGUCUGAAUGCUUGCAUUGGGAUCAACAACAUCGGCAAUGCGUUCACUCCGCAAGGCAGCUGUGAUCCACUUCAUCUAGCAUGUCAAGGCAUCGGGAUCUAUCAGACAGGCACCAAGCAAGAUGCCGAGCGUCUGUAUGAAUGUGUUAGCACCAGAGCCAAAGCAGCGAUAGGUGUUAUGAAGAGCGAAAGGAGCAGCGUACAGAUUCGAGAAGGGGACGUGGCUGAUUUUGUGCUAUUUGCUGGGAUCGACGAGGCGAAGCACCAAUGGAAGACAAGGCAGACUUUGAGCGAAUCUGUCUAUCUCUACGACUCUUGCCAGGGUCGAAGAAGCAUUUUUGGUGGAAAAUUGGUAAGGUCAUACACGCCGUGA